GGGAAAAAAAGGGAAAGAAGGAACCCAACCCCAUCUCUCCAUCCCCAUCCCUGACCCAGGCCCCUCACCAAAAAUACACACACAUACACGCAAUACCUUCUUCUCCUUUCUCUCUCUCUAGAUUUUCAGUUUCUCUCACUGUCCGUUUUUCCUCCUUAAUCAACUGAGUUCUAAUCGAUACAGAAGUUAAAGAGAUAUAUACGCCUGGUGUGUAUAUGUAUAUUUAUUUGUUCAGAUAAAUCUAAUUCUGUAUCCCAAAUUUCUAGGGUUUUUGUGUAGCAAUUGCCCGCAAUUUAGAUUCAAAUGUGUGGGGAGUCAAGUGCGGGCGCCGGAGGGGUUUUAAGUAGGAACAAAUAGGGUUUUUGGAUUAGCUUCAGUACAUUCUGUUUUCGUUUUCGAUUUUUUCCAUUUACUUUCAUACUCGAUCUGUGUCAGUCAGUGAGAGUCGUAUAGAUAAAAUGGAUUCUUCUUCUUCGAUGCCUUCGCCGGCGGCCACGCCGACCGCCGCUCCGGAAAGUAAUAACAAUAACAGAGAAGGUGCUUUGUCCCCGAUUGCUGCUUCGCCCCGCUCGUCAGAGGACGAUAUGGCUUUUUCCGUACAUGCGGGGCUCGCUAAGGAGGCGCUACUGCAUUUUCAGUCCGGGAAGUUUGCCGAGUGCGUUCACUUUUUGAAUCAGCUAUUACAAAAGAAAGAGAACGAUCCAAAGAUUAUUCACAACAUUGCUAUUGCGGAGAGCUUUCAAGAUGGUUGUUCAGAUCCUAAAAAGCUUCUUGAAGUAUUAAAUAAUGUCAAGAAACGAAGUGAAGAACUUGCUCGUGCCUCUGAAGAGCAACAAUCAGAAUCUGGUGGGAAUACUAGCAAGGCUACAGUUGGAAAUAAAGGAAAUAGUAAUACUGCUCUUUCAUUUUCUUCCUCAAGCGGUUUGCCUGUUGUGUACAGUGACGAAUACGAUACUUCUAUUGCAAUGUUUAACAUGGCAGUUAUCUGGUUCCAUCUCCAUGAAUAUGCAAAAUCGUAUGCUAUUUUGGACUCGUUUUAUCAGAAUAUCGAACCCUUAGAUGAGGGGACUGCUCUUCGCAUUUGCCUUCUAUUGCUGGAUGUAGCUUUAGUUUCCAACAAUGCAUCCAAGGCUGCUGAUGUGAUUAGCUACAUGGAGAAAGUGUUUUGUGCCGGUGGGUUGACUAACCAAGUAGACAAUGGGAACUCCUCGCAUCAGUCUAAUAUCAUGUCAAAGUCUUCACUUCCCUCUAUUCCUGAUACAUCGAAUUCUGAUUCAGGGCCGUCAGCAAGUGCAUUAGAAAGUUCUUUAUCUAGAACAUUGUCAGAUGAGGGGCUCGAAGAUGAAUCGCUUUUGUCGUCCCUGACCAUAGGGGGAGAUAAUUUGUCCAGGCCCAUCCUCCAGUCUGUUAAUGAUUCUGCAAAGAAUCAAAUUGAGGAUUCUCUUUCAACCAUGGAUCUGAGGCUUAAAUUACAUCUUUACAAGGUUAGUUUCUUGCUCCUCAUGCGGAACCUCAAGGCUGCUAAGCGUGAAGUUAAGAUGGCUAUGAAUAUUGCACGUGGCAAAGAUUAUACAAUGGCGCUCUAUUUGAAGUCACAGCUUGAGUAUGCUCGCGGAAACCACCGCAAAGCAAUUAAGCUAUUGAUGGCAUCCGGUAAUCGGAGUGAAGCGGGAAUAUCUAGCAUAUUUUACAACAACCUUGGCUGCAUAUAUUAUCGUCUUGGAAAGUAUCAUAGCUCAUCUGUAAUGUUUUCCAAAGCGUUGAGUAAUAUUGUAGCUCUGCGAAAGGAAAAACCUCGGAAGCUUGCCCCUCUCUCACAGGAUAAGUCCACGCAGGUGCUGUAUAAUUGUGGCUUGACUUUCUUUGAAAUUGGGAAACCAUUACCUGCAGCUCGCUAUUUUCACAGAGCUAGUCUAGUCUCUUACAAGAAGCCUGUUCUAUGGCUAAGAAUUGCAGAGUGUUGCCUUAUGGCGCUGGAGAAAGGACUUCUGAAGUCUAAUUAUUCAACAUCUGAUGGAUCUGAUGUUAAAGUGAAUGUCGUGGGUCAGGGAAAAUUGAGAGAACUUGCAUUGCUGGAUUCAAGAGCUGGAAAGUCGGAUUAUGUUGGAAAGGAAGAUUUUUCUUUCAGUAGUGAUGGACCACCUGUCCUUUCAGUAACUCUAGCCCGACAAUGUCUUCUUAAUGCAUUUUACUUGCUUGAAAGUUCUGAUUUGAAAAAUUCGAGUUCUGACGUGGUUCCAUGUUCUGCUGCUGAAAGCAGUGAAUCAGGAGAAUUAUUGCCAUCCAAUAGUGCCAUCGGCAGUGAUUCUAAGGGAUCCAAUACUGAAAAAGGCUCUAGUCAGGUGAACAUGAAUGGAGAGGUUAAAGAACAGAAGAACGGGAUUGGUCAAAACACGCCUCUAUUGAACUCUGUAAGUGAUUAUGAAGAUAUCUGCAGAAAAGAAAACCAGUUGAUCAAACAGGCUGUUCUUGCUGAUAUGGCUUAUGUAGAAUUACAACUGGGGAACCCGUUGAAGGCUUUGUCUGCUGCAAUGUCCCUUCUGAAACUCUCGGAGUGUACCAAAAUAUAUCUGUUUCUUGGGAACAUGUAUGCAGCUGAGGCAUUAUGCUAUCUCAACCGGCCAAAGGAAGCUGCUGAGCAUUUGCGUACGUACGUGGAUGGUGGGGACAAUGUCGAGUUGCCGUAUACCCAAGAUGACUUUGAAAAGUGGAGAGUGGAAAAAGUAGUGGAUUAUGAGGACAUAAGCGGUGGGCCUGUAGCUGCUGAAGCAUCUGAUGAAUCUGAAGGUUUUAAGUUGUUCCUCAAGCCUGAAGAAGCACGUGGAGCUGUCUUUGCUAAUCAAGCUGCUUGGUGUGCCUGCAUAGGAGAUAUUGAGCGCGCCCAAUACUUUAUAGACCAAGCUCUAUCUAUACUACCCGACAAGGGGCAAGUAAUAGUUACUGCCGUUUACUUGGAUGUUCUGCAGGGGAGGACUGAGAAUGCUGUAGCCAGGCUGAAGCAGUAUCGUCGGGUAAAAUUUCUUCCUGGCUCUGUGACAUUAGAGGGAAGCAGUUGAUGGGGGGAUGUUAAGGGUGUAUUGGUGUUUUUGUCAGUCUUGUCGAACCUAUUUCUUACCCGGAGGUAGCAGGUAGGGUAGCAGCAAUCCUUUUGAGGAAGGAUGUGUAACAUAUAUAUAGUUUUAAAUCAGGAAAUAAGCUUCUUUUUUUCCCCCCUUUAACUUCCUUUCAAAAAAUUUUCUUUUUUCUUUUUUGUUUUUUGUUUUUGUUUUCUUAAAAUUUUUUUUCCAGUUAGGCUGUAGUAUAGUAGGUGGUGUAGAUGGGAAUAUUUGUUUAGUCUCUGAUGCCCACCUCCAAAAGAUUUGAGAUGUAGUUUUCCUGAUUCAGGGAAAAAUGUGUUUUAGAUCCUGACGUAGUUAAAAAGAUUUGAAUUUGUAGAGGAGACGGGCAUUGUGUCACUGGGAGAGAGCAUCAUCAUCAAUCAAAGCAAUUUUUCAUUACUUGUAGGUGUCGAUUUUUAUCAUGCUAUAUUAUGUCUUCCCUAUUCGCUGUCCUAGAUAGCUAACGAAAUGUUGUGAAAAUUCUUAAAUUUGGGCCUCAAUGUUGUAAUCUUAGAACCAUUGAAUUGUAGAGCAUAAGAAAUUAUGAGGAAG